AAUCGGCAGCUGUGGAUGUAUAACAGUCAACACCUAUAAACAAUAAAUAAUACAAUGAGCGGUUUCAGCGACGAUCUCAAUGAAGAACAGUCUAAGGCUUUAGAUGUCAUGAAGGAAAAUAUUUCUGAUGUAGCAUCUAAUGCAGUAGUCGACAAAGAGUACCUAUUGCGAUUCCUUAGAGCUCGUGAUUUUGACGUAACAAAAGCUGAACAUAUGUUACGGCAGUGCCUAAAAUGGCGGGAAGAAACCGACGUUGAAAACCGAGACAAUAUUCCGUUUCCCGACUUUGCCCAAUUUGCACCGUUGAUAUCUCUCCCUAUUGGAAGAGCUAAAGAUGGAAGUCCAGUUGUCUAUGUCAAUUAUGACGGUGCUGACUUUAAAGGGUUGAGUCAGUGUUGUCAAACGAAGGACUGGGUUUCAAUUAUCUGCCGUGGAAUGGAAAUGGCUGAUGCUGUAGCAAAAACUACCUCAAAACCAUACAAAGGAGUGACGGCCAUUAUUGAUUACAAUAACAUUGGGAUGAAUAUGAUAUCGAAACCAAGUCUUGACAUUUUAAAUGGAGCUUACGGAGCCGUUGAUAACUACUUUCCUGAGUUUGUCAGUAAAAUGAUAGUAUUAAACGGCUCGAUAGUCGUGAACAUAUUCUACAAACUUAUAAAGAGGCUUAUUCCACCCAAGACACGUUCGAAAAUAGAAUUAUUGAAAGAUACAAAUGAUAUAAAGAAGUUUAUAGAUGAAGACCAACUGAUAGGUUAUUACGGUGGAACCUUGGUAGAUGAAGAUGGCGAUCCAAAGUUUAGCAGCAAG